AUGGGCCCCCUGGGUACCAUUUCUACCAUUGGAAGGAUGGGAAUGCUGGUCAUCACUGGCCGGAGAACCGCAAGCAAGCUAUCUCUAGCCAUCACUGCUGAACACAGCCAAUUUGGCGUUGCAAUAUUAUCCAAUGGCGGCACCAUGCUGGCCUUGCUCAGUUGGCCCUUGGUGUUUGAAGCCCACUCAGUUGGCCGCAUUGCCUACUGUUUCAACGGCGUCCUCGGUCAAAACUGGGAAUGA